GCACACCCCACAUUGCCGGCGGGAAGACCCUCGGCGCCCUGGAGCCCGCGGAGCCACUGGGGCCACCCGUGCCCGCUGGCGCCUCGGCUGUGCACCUGAGCCUGCUGGACAUGCGACGUGGCGUGGCAGAGCUCAGACGCCAGCUGCAGCAGAUGCGACAGCUGCAGCUGCAGAACCAAGAACUGCUGCGCACAAUGAUAAAAAAGGCAGAGCUGGAGAUCAGCAGCAAAGUCGCAGAGACCAUGAGGCGCCUGGAGGACCCCGUGCAGCGACAGCGCACCCUGGUGGAACAGGAGAGACAAAAGUACCUCCGGGAAGAGGGGAGGAUUGGCCAGAAGCUAAGCGAGCUGGAGGAAUUCGUGGAUGACCUGAAGAAGGAGCCCACAGCCACGGGCCGUGCCGUGACGCUGAAAGACGUGGAGGACGGCGCCUUCCUCCUGCGGCAGGUGGGAGAAGCCGUGGCCGCCCUGAAAGGUGAGGAGUUCCCCACCCUGCAGAACAAGAUGCGUGCGGUCCUGCGCAUCGAGGUGGAGGCCGUGCGCUUCCUGAAGGAGGAGCCGCACAAGCUGGACGGGCUCCUGAAGCGGGUGCGGGGCCUCACGGACGUCCUGACGGUGCUGCGCAGGCAUGUGACCGACGGGCUCCUGAAGGGCGCCGAUGCCGCCCAGGCCGCGCACUACAUGGCGGUGGAGAAGGCCACGGCCGCGGAGGUCCUGAGGGGCCCAGAGGAGGCCGGCGGCCCAGCCCGCGGCGACGCGAAGCCGGACGUGGUGCCCCUGACCGGGCAGCAGGCGCAGAGCCCGCCCGGCCCGCUCGCGGAGGACGCCAGGACCAGAGCCGCGGCCGUGGAGAAAGUUGAAAAGAAAUGGGAAGAGAAAAGGCCGAACCCGGACCACUACAACGGCAAAGAGUUUGAGAAGCUCCUGGAGGAAGCUCAGGCCAACAUCAUGAAGUCCAUUCCAAACCUGGAGAUGCCGCCCGCGCCGGGCCUGCCACCCAGGGGAGAGGGCACAGUGGACAAGCUGGAGCUCUCAGAAGACUCUCCAAAUUCAGAGCAGGGGGGAAAGUCACCACCCCCUCCUCCCCCGCCCCCUCGGCGAAGCUACCUGCCGGGAACCGGGCUCACCACCACGAGGUCGGGGGACGUGGUCUACACCAGCAGGAAGGAGACCGUCACGGCCAAGGCGAGCAGCGAGGACGCCGGACCGAGCCCACAGACCAGAGCCACCCGGUGUUCCACAGAGGAGCCCGCCUCAGCCUGGACCCCGGCCUCACCAGCAGUCACUGCGUCUCCCAAGGACGAGGAGGAGGAAGAGGAAGGAGACAAAAUAAUGGCAGAGCUGCAGGCCUUCCAGAAGUGUUCCUUUAUGGAUGUAAACUCAAACAGUUUCGCUGAGCAGCCCCGGGCUGACACUAGGCCGGGCGCCACAGCCCCAGCCAAGGAGAGAAAGAGCUCGGAGCUUCCCCAUGAAGACGCGUGGAAAUCUGAGCUUGCGCGCCCGCACGGCCCCCACACGGCCUCGCCACAGGUCGCGGCAGGGGCUCUGAGCCCUGGUGGCGCCCCCAGCCGGGACACAGGCAAGAACGGUGUUCCUGAUGCGUCCACAGCUGCAGAAUCCAAACCCGACGUGUCGGGGAAGGAGAGCUCCAUACCCGGUGACGCUAGAAACUUCCAGAAACGCGCGGUGGAGGCCAGUCUCAGCGUCUCCAGCGUGAGCUCAUUAGAAGACGAGCGAAGCAAACGACCAGCCGUGGCAGGGCCGCAGCUCCCCACGCCGGGCCUGGAGGCUCAGAACUACGGAAAGACCCAGGAGAGAGAGCAAGAACGAGGGGAGCACACAGGAAGGGCCCACGUUCCCUCCCUGACCCCAGCGACAGAGCUGGCUCAAGCCCCAGGCCCGGAGGCGCCGCCGACAGGGGUGGGCCAAGUUGUCCUCAGACCCAAAGGGGCCAGGCACGCGCCCGUGCCGCCCGCCGAGAACGGGGACCCGACCCCGGGCCCCCCGAGCGAGGGCAACAUCGCCUUCAUGAUCACCAGGACGGCCGUGCAGGCGCUGUCCAGCGGCGAGGUGCAGGACAUCGUGAGCCGCAAGGGGGAGGAGGUGCAGACGGUGACCAUCGACGGCAGGCGGGAGGGGCCGGGGCCCGAGGAGCCCGUCGUGUGCCUGGACAGGAAGCCCGUCAUCAUCAUCUUCGACGAGCCCAUGGACAUCCGCUCUGCCUACAAGAGGCUGUCCACCAUUUUCGAGGAAUGCGACGAGGAGGUGGAGAGAAUGAUGACAGAGGAGAAGAUAGAGGAGGAGGAAGAGGAGGAGAAUGGGGACCCCGUCCAGAGCAGUUCCGCCCCCGGGCCUGCCUCCACGGUGGCCUCAGGCACUCUGGGGACAGCACAGCCCGCCGAGAGCCCGUUCCCGCUGCCCUCGCCGCUGGUGGCAGGGAGCAGGGCCCCAGGAAAGCCGACCUGAACGAGUCGGGCCCGGGAGAACGCUCUGAGUCCCGAGGGCAGGGGCGAUGCAGCCGACGAGCAGUUUGACAGCCCCAAGAAGAAGUUCAAAUUCAAGUUCCCCAAAAAGCAGCUGGCCGCGCUCACGCAGGCGAUCCGCACCGGCACCAGAACAGGGAAGAAGACGCUGCAGGUGGUGGUGUACGAGGAGGAGGAGGAAGACGGCACCCUGAAGCAGCACAAGGAAGCCCGGCGCUUCGAAAUCCCCAGCUCGCAGCCCGAGGGGGCGCUCGAGGGCCCGGCCCAGAGCUCACGGACCGAGGAGAUCCGGAAGAACACCUACCGGACCUUGGACAGCCUGGAGCAGACCAUCAAACAGCUGGAAAACACCAUCAGCGAGAUGAGCCCCCGAGCCCUCGCCGACUCCGCCCACGCGGCCCACGGGCCCCCUCCCCACACCCUGCUAGUGCGGGAUGACGUGCCCACUGCCCCAGAGCCCCCCACGCCAGUACCGCCAGCUCCGCGUAAGGGCUCCGGCGGGACCCCCCAGACCAGCAGAAUGCCAGUGCCCCUGACUUCCAAGAGCAGACCCGGGAGCCUGGACAAAGCCGGCAAGCCGUCCAAGCUGCAGGACCCGCGCCAGUACCGCCAGGCCAAUGGAAGUGCUAAGAAAGCUGGUGGGGACUUUAAGCCUACCUCUCCCUCCUUGCCUGCCUCUAAGAUCCCUGCCCUGUCCCCCAGCUCUGGAAAAAGCGGUUCUCUCCCCUCUAGCGGUGACGGCUCCAGCCUCCCUAACGCGCCCGCGUCCAAGCCAUCGGCCGCUUCUAACCCUCUCAGCCCCUCCGCAGGACGGCCCGCCCCCGCCGCCUCCCUCAUCCCCUCCGCCUCUAACGGCGCCUCCAAGUUGGCGCACGCAGGCAAAGGCCAGCACCUGCCGCUGCCCCCGCAGACUCACAACGGCCGCGCCGCCCCUCCCGCGCCCUCCCGCCUCCCCCGCCUCCCCCCCUCCCUGAGUCACGGCGCCAAGGGCGCCCGGACGCUGUCGGGCCCUGGCCUUGCCGGCUACAAGGCGCAGAACGGAGGUUCCAGCAAGACCGCGCCCGUCGCCGCCAAGGAGAGCGCCUAGUCCUGGGCGCCGGGGCCGGGAGCACGGAGCCCGCAGCCGCCGCCCGCCUCUCCACCCGGUCGCUGUCGUGAUUCCGCGUGUUGCCCGUCCGUGCCAGUGCCCCCGUGAAGUGAGCGUGUGUCUGUCUCCGGGGAGGGUGAGGCGCAGGUGCGUGCGUGCGGCGUGCGUGCGAGAGAGACCCGAAGACGCGCGCCAGGCGUGUGAAGCAGCGUGAAGCCGGCA